AGAAAAAAAUCUCUGAAAGCUUAUCAUUGUGUAAUUGCAGAAUUCUAUGACAAUCUCUAGCGGUAUUACACCAGAUGAGAGGCAGAAGAUAACCGAAUUAAGAAAACUUGUCAAAGACGAUCUCACUGAGUAUUAUGAUACGGACUUCAAUUUGCUCAGAUGGCUACAAGGUCAUGCACAAUUGACCGUACCAGAGAUUGCCAGAAAGUUGCAGCAUCACUUAAAAGCAAGAAAAUCAACUUGGGAUUUGGAUAACCUGCACAAAAAGGAAAGAACUCAUUUCAUACACAGUCACUGGCGUUAUGGUAUAACCAAGCUCUCCGGAACACUUGAGAAUGUUAUAGUUAACAUAGAACAGUGUGGAAAAACUGAUUAUAGCGGUAUGAUGGAAUGUUUUUCUAUAUCUGAAGUGAUGCGAGCAAGAAUAUAUGAUCUUGAGGAUAUGUUGGCUAAAUGUAUGGAACUGGAGAAAGAAACUGGUAAACAAGCCUGGAUUCUAUAUAUAAUGGAUGUUACGGGUCUUGAAUAUAAUAAAAAAUUGUACGAUAUGAUAACAGGGUCUAUGCGCUCAUUGGCAGAGUUUAUGUCUGAUCAUUAUGUGGAAAUGAUCAAGUUCUUCGUACCAGUCAAUUUACCUUCAUUUGCUGUAGCUUUCUGGACUAUUGUUCGGCCUUUGCUACCCGAAAGGACCAAGAAUAAAGUUCGGAUCUUGUCAUCGUCUAGUUGGAAGGACGAGAUACUUCAGUUCUCCAACAUCGAUGCACUUCCUUCUAUUUGGAAUGACGAUACUCAUACCUUUCCAGCUCACAUUGACACACCUCAACCCUUCCCGAGAGAUAUGUAUUACUCUAGCAAAGGACUGAAGGUCCCCGACAAUGCCAAAGCAAUAGAUGUUUACGCUGGAAAGUACCACACAAUCUCGCUGCAGCUGCAGCGAGGUGACGUCAUAGCAUGGUGGGCCGUCGGAAACAGAAAUUUUGGUUUUGGAUUCUUCCAUGCACAAAACGACGACGAUAAUGAUUAUGCUAUUAUGGAUCAGGUAGUGCCAACAUUUCCCUGGAUGCCUGGACCAACAGUAACACCGCUUGAUGAUAGCGUCAAAAUCGUAGAGGAUGGCCUCUAUAAAAUCUGGAUCAGCAACGAACGAUCGUGGUGGUCGACGCUAAGCGUUCAGCUCCGCGUAGAAGUAAAUGGACGGAGCGAAAAUGUGACCUCGACGUGAUAACCUAUGAAUGGAAAAACCUACUUACAAAGAUUAUGUAUAAAGUUCAAAUGAAAUAAAAAGUGGAAUAAAGCUCAAUUUAUGA